AUUAAAUAUAACAAGAAAUAUUAUUUUCAUCUUAUUAUAAUUUCAAUAAAUUUUUAAACAAAAUGUCUUUUAAGAUUGUAUUUUUGUUGGCCUUCCUUACUGUGGUUUUCGGACUUCCAUCACCACCCAAGAAGCAACCAGUUGGAAUUUCGAAAGAAACUUUACAAGGACUUCCAUUAUCGACAUUGAAGAAACCAUUGAAUAACAAACCAAACAAAAAUGUACAUCUACUAAGAAAACCGGCAAAUAAUCCUUCCGAAAGAUUGAACGAUGAGAUUUCGAACGAAGCCUUACGUGGAGUUCCAUUGUCGACAUUGAAGAAACCAUUGGUUAACACCCCGAAAAGAAAUCAAAAAAUUCUCAGCAAACAGGUAAAUGAUCCUUCUGAAGGAUUGAACGAUGAGAUUUCGAACGAAGCCGUACGUGGAAUUCCAUUAUCGGUAUUGAAGAAACCAUUGUUCACCAUUGCGAAAAAAAAUCAACCCAAUCUCGGAAAACAGAGAAAUGAUGCUUCUGAAGAAUUAAACGAUGAAAUUAAUCAAGUUGACUAUGACGAAAUUGACGAGGAAACAAAUAACGAAGAAAUACUGGUUGAGAGUGUUCCAUCGAGAAUGAAGCGAGCAACCUGUCGUAAUGUGACAUUCCGUACAAAGUCAGGAAAGACUCUAACCGUGUACAGAUGCACCAAAUAAAUAAAUAUCAUUUGUACGAAGAAAAUAUUAUAACUGUAAUAUUUUAAAAAUUAAAUAAACACAUUUAGCACAUACAA